AUCCCUAAAUCAUAGCCCAUGGGCACUCUCUCACUCCUUCAGUGGCAAAAAGUGCCAGCCUCCGGCCACCGUCAUAUAUCGCCAGAGCUAAGUGCAGGCGAUACAGCAAGACUUCAUUUGCAUCUCUCACACCCACAUGAACCACAUUGUGUUGAAGAUAUCAUUGUGGCUGCUACUUCUAAAGAUAACACCCUAAGGCUGUGGAAGGAGGUACAAAAACAAUGCAAGAGAGCUUGGCGAGCUUCAACUUUUAGAGUUGCUUCCUUUCUAAUCGAGUCUAAAAUCUUACCAAUUGACUCUUCACAAUUCAUGCUAGGUUCGUUAAUUCUGCUUCCAACAAUCUCCCUCUAUGUUCUUGAUUUUUGGUUCUUUAUUUUGUGAUUUUUAAUUAUUUUUUUAUUUCAUUCCUUUUUCAAUAAAUAUUAGGUUCUGUUUUUCAAAACAUGGAAACAAUAGCCUAAACUACUGGAUGGGACUUUUGUGAAUUUUGUCACUAAGGCACAAAAUAUAUGAGAGCAAAAUCUACAUUAGGUUUGUAGCAUAUUAGUAUUGACACAAAUCCUUAUUAUGUUAUAUAUUAAAGCAAGACCAUUUAGCACAUGAAUAUGGGAGUAAGAUAUAUUGUAUAUGUA